AUGGCCUCUGUCAAACCAGGUUCUUCCCCAUCACUGCUCCCUAAUGAAACAAUAGAUUUCGAUAGAUCUAAACCUCAACUACAACCUAUAGAACUUCCUGAAAUAACCAUGAAUUUUAAUCUUUCAAAAAUAAUGCCUUUUGAAGAAGGCAUUAAAGCUCAUAAGAAAAAAAAGAUUAUAAUACAGCAUGGGAAUUUGGAAAAUGCAACAGCCAAAUAUUGGAUGAGAUAUUACUUAUCCGAAGGAUAUCCUUUGGGAGUUAAAGAUCUUGUUAGGGCAAGUCAAUUAUUCAAGGCAGCAGCUGAUAAUGGAAUUUCCGAUGCUCAACUACGUUAUGCAUUUUCAUUAACCAAUAUGCCAGCAGCUGAUGCUGUAAAUGUCACAGCUCAAUAUAAUUUAGAUGAUAUGUAUUUAAAUAGAAAAUUAUUUUGCCCUGUGAAUGAAGAAUUGGGCAUUAAAUACUUAAAAUUAGCUGCUCUUAAUGAUCACAUUGAUGCGAUCAAACUUCUUAAGGAAAAAGAAAUUAAUAUUUUUAGUUAA